AUGAAUGUCGUGGGGUUGGUAAAAGAACGGCAGAGGUCAGCCCAUGCAGACGAGAAAGAGAAGAAGAAGAGAAGAAGAAGAGAGAAAGAAAAGAGAGAAAGAAAGAGAAAGACAAAAAGCGGGCGGGAAGCGAGAAAGGGAAAGAGGAGAAGGCGUGCUCUGCAAGAUUGGAAAAGGGAAGGCGCAGGCGGGAGAUUAGCCUCGUGGUAUCAUAUGCGUAAAUUACCCGAUCUGUUUUGUUUCCUGUACGAAGCAAAACAGCGCGUGCACACCGCCUAUUGGCCAAUGGCCGUGCAAACGGUCCCCAGUUACGCGCUGUUUCUGUCCCGUUGCGGUAUGGAUAAAAAUAGGCCUCGAUCUGCCUUCCGCCCGUAG